GAAAAAGAGUUUACGUAUGGUUGAAAUUUUCUCUUUCAUUUAUGUUUAAAAUUAAUGGUAAUUUUCUUGAUCUUUCCCCUUACGUUUUCCCAUAAUUUUUCAGAAUUGUACUAGAAGUGAUAAUGUCUUGCGCUGGCAGUCAGCAGCUAAGCGUGUUUCCCAAAAUGUACGUGUUAAAUUUUGAUGUCAUAUUUAUUUCAUUUUGAGCAUAUCUUUUUCAAUUACUUACUUAAAAGUCAUGUUUUUACUGAAAGUAUCAUUAAUCUUUGUAGGAAUCUGGUUCGGCAUAAAGCUCAGGUGCAACGGAAAAGCAUACAGAUAAAAACCCAGACAGUUCAAAUGUAGAAUCUGAUGAUGAUGACAACGAUGUAAGUUGUAUUGUGUAACUGUUUUAACUUAAGAAUAGUCUUGAUCAUGUCCAUUAUGAUACUGUUGAGUUAUAGCUUGCAUACCUUUCUCUAUUCAUUUUCUCCGAUUUUAUACUUAAAGGAUACUGCUUCUCCAUCAACAUCCAAAGGCUCUGAAAAGAAGAGGAAGCCUGAUUCCAAAACCAAAGAUGACAAGAAAAGAGAUCAGCCACCCCGAAAGAGAAAGAAGAAGACGGCAGAUGGUAAAAACAAGAAGCAAAGGAAAUCUGAUGGCAAGGAUGAUGAAGCAUCUCCUAGUAAAAUUUCAAAACCAUCUAACAAACAAGAAGGGAAAGACAAGGCAGACAAUUCGGAUGUUGAUGAUAGUGAUGUAAGUUCUUCAUUUGUAUUUAUUUAA